CACCUUCAACAUCCUUGAGGAAACUCAGUGAUCAGAGGAACCGGCCGAUAUUUCUGCAACACAGCAUUCCUGUCAUGACAGAGGAGAUGGCCCGGAAUGCCCUUCUGAGCUUUGUGAAUUCCAAGUGUUGCUAUGGCAACCGAGCAGCCAGGGAGCUGGUCAUUCAGGAUCUGAGGCAACAGAUGCUGUACAGAUAUCGACUGGAGACCUUUAGUGAAUCCAGGUUAAGUGAAUGGACAUUUCAACCUUAUACUAAUCACUCAGUAGAUGGCCCGAAAAAAGGAGCAUCUCCCAGGCCUUGGGACAUCAAAGUGCACGUCCCUCCCAUGUUUCAGGAGGAGACUAAGAAAUUUCAAGUACCUCAUUCUUCCUUAGUUAAGGAUUGCCACAAAUGCCAAGGACGAGGACGGUACAAGUGUAGUGGAUGCCAUGGAGCUGGCAUGAUGCGAUGUGCUUCCUGCAGUGGGGCCAAGCGCAAGGCUAAGCAGUCCCGACGAUGUCAGGUGUGCUCUGGUUCUGGGCGGAAGAGGUGCAGCACCUGUUCAGGUAGGGGGAACAAGACCUGUGCAACAUGUAAGGGAGAGAAAAAGUUAUUGCACUUCAUCCAGCUGGUCAUCACCUGGAAAAACAGCCUGUUUGAGUUUGUCACGGAGCACCAUAUGAACUUUCCAGAGGAGUUGUUGGUUAAAGUCAGAGGAGAAAAUAUAUUUAAGGAUGAAAAUGUUAUGGUGUAUCCUAUCGUUGACUUCCCCAAGCAGGAGAUCUCUUUAGCAUCCCAGAGAGGCAUUGCUGAGCACACUACUGCUUUGGCUGGGAGGUCUCGAGUUCUCCAGCAGCGUCAGACCAUUGAGCUGAUCCCACUCACAGAAGUCCAUUAUUGGUACCAAGGGAAGACUUACCUCUAUUACAUCUAUGGCCUGGAGAACAAGGUGUAUGCACUGGACUACCCAGAGAGAUAUUGUUGUAGCUGCACUAUCAUAUGACCACUGGUCAGGGCUCUAACUAAAGAAGGAAAAUAAGGGAUUGAGAUAUACUAUCAAGGAAGAAGAGACAAAGUUUAGGGUCCAUGUGCUCUGGUUCACUUUUUUGAAAAAUGGAACACGUGGAAGCCCUUGUAUAGUUUAUUACAAAUGGUUCCUGCAAUUGGAUA